AUGGACGAAGACAGCUUUGUGUUUGCUGUGAGGAGUGGAAACGUGCAGACCAUUGACUUGAGCGCACUCCAUGUGGCCAGCAUGCUCGGGUACACUGGGUUAGUGAAGCUGCUGAUUGAACAUGGCGCUGAUGUGGAGGCAAGGGACAACGAUGGCUUGACCGCACUCCAUGUGGCCAGCUUUACCGGGAAGACCGGGGUAGCGGAGUUGCUGAUUGAACAAGGCGCUGAUGUGAAGGCGAAGCUCACCGAUGGCAGGACCGCACUCCAUGUGGCCAGCGAGUACGGAAACAUGGGGGUAAUGAAGCUGCUGAUUAAACAUGGCGCUAAAGUGAAAACGAGGGACAACGAUGGAAGAACCGCGCUCCAUCAGACCAGCUGGAACGCGAAUCCUAGGGUAGCGGAGCUGCUGAUUAAACAUGGCGCUGAUGUGGAGGCGAGGGACAACAAUGGCUGCACCGCACUCCAUCUGGUCAGCUUUACCGGGAAGACCGGGGUAGCGGAGUUGCUGAUUGAACAUGGCGCUGAUGUGGAGGCGAAGCACAGCGAUGGCGGGACCGCACUCCAUGUGGCCAGCUUGAACGAGAACACCGGGGUAGCGGAGCUGCUGAUUAAACAUGGCGCUGAUGUGAAGGCGAGGGACAAGAAUGGCUGCACCGCACUCCAUGUAUAUGGGGCCAGUUUGAACGAGAACACUGGGUUAGUGAAGCUGCUGAUUGAACAUGGCGCUGAUGUGGAGGCGAGGGACAACGUGAGUACAGACAAUCAUCUCUUGUAUAGUAAGGAUUAA